AGUAAAGUUUACUUUUACAUGUAAUGGAGUAUUUUUUACAGCGCGAUAUUUCUUACUACUUCUUAAGUGAUGGAUCUAAGUAUUUCCGUCCAUAUGAAAGCUGCUGUGAGCUUAAAAAUAGCUGAUUUGGUUUUUAAUUGUUUUUUUUUUGUUUUUUUUAUCAGAGCGGAACCACUUUUCCGUGUGGUUUGACGCGGACACGUCCGGCGCAAUUAGCGUUGUACACAGGAAGUAAAUUCAAGUCUGCCAGACAAGUAGGUUGUAAUUCGCUAGAAUAUCAAGUGUUUUAGCCAAUAAAUAGUUCAUAUCAUUUCGACGUGUAGUAUAUUGUUUAUUCAACAUGCUGAUCAAAGUAAAGACUCUCACUGGAAAAGAAAUAGAGAUCGACAUUGAGCCCACAGACAAGGUGGAGCGAAUUAAAGAAAGGGUGGAAGAGAAGGAAGGGAUCCCCCCGCAGCAACAAAGACUUAUCUACAGUGGAAAACAGAUGAAUGAUGAGAAGACAGCUGCAGACUACAAGAUCCAGGGAGGUUCAGUGCUCCAUCUUGUGUUGGCGCUAAGAGGCGGCUCAACGCUCCACAGGCCCUGCAUACACCUCUCCUCCUCGUCAUGAGUCGCUGUUGUGAUGAGAGCCAGCUGAGUGCCAAUGCUUUAGGUGUCUGUCACAGUCUAACCAUGUUACAGCACAGAGAUCUGACAUCCCACGCUCCUGGGCCAGCGCAAACAAAAAAAAUCAACCAACAGCAAAAAAAUAAAAAAUAAGGACGUUCUAAUUCCUUUGUAGAUUUUUUUUUUUUUUUGUAAACCCACAUUGAAUUUCUGAGUUUGACAAGUUGAUGCAGGCACCCAUGCAGUACAAAAGACAGUUUGAGAACACUGUGGUCUUUUUGCUUGUGAAUAAAUGCUGAAGUUGA